AUGGCGCUCUGGACCACAGUCCCUCAGAUGAAGCAGAUGAAGUGGAAAGCUCUCCGCGGCUUCCUAAAGCGCGUCUUCCAGGGACAGACGCCUCCGCUUGGCCUGGAGACUAGUGGAGACUUACUGGUAUCUGUGAAUUGCUUACGAUUAGCAGAAGAGUCUAGGAAAAAUGCUUGUGAGAAUAAAGGUGGAAUCGUUAAAAAGGAGCAUGUUCUGUCUGCAGCAAAGGUAAUUCUAAAGAAGAGCAGAGGUUAG